CCCGCGCCGCGCCGGCCGGGCGGCAGGAUGGGCUGCAUCCAGAGCAUCACCUGCAAGGCGCGGAUCCGGCGCGAGAACAUCGUGGUGUACGAUGUGUGCGCCACCAUCGACCAGUGCCCCACGCGCAUCGAGGAGACCUCGCCCAUCGUCCUGCGCUACAAGACCCCCUACUUCAAAGCCUCGGCCCGCGUGGUCAUGCCCCCCAUUCCCCGCCACGAGACCUGGGUGGUCGGCUGGAUCCAGGCGUGCAACCAGAUGGAGUUCUUCAACACCUACAGCGACCUGGGCAUGUCAAGCUGGGAGCUGCCCGACCUGAGGGAAGGGAGAGCGAAAGCCAUCAGCGACUCGGACGGCGUGAGCUACCCCUGGUACGGCAACACCACAGAGACGGUGACCCUGGUCGGCCCCACCAACAAGGUCUCCAGGUUCUCCGUCAGCAUGAACGACAACUUCUACCCGAGUGUGACGUGGGCGGUGCCGGUGAGCGACAGCAACGUGCCGCUGCUCACCAGGAUCAAGAGGGACCAGAGUUUCACUACCUGGCUGGUGGCCAUGAACACCACCACGAAGGAGAAGAUCAUCCUGCAGACCAUUAAGUGGAGGAUGAGGGUGGACAUCGAGGUGGACCCUCUGCAGCUCCUGGGGCAGCGGGCCCGGCUGGUGGGCAGGACUCAGCAGGAGCAGCCCCGGAUCCUUAGCCGGAUGGAGCCCAUCCCCCCCAAUGCACUGGUGAAGCCCAACGCCAACGACGCUCAGGUCCUCAUGUGGAGGCCCAAGCGGGGGCCGCCUCUGGUUGUGAUCCCUCCCAAGUAGAGGCCGGCUGGCCUGCCUGUGGAGCCGUGGGGACACGCAGCGAGGUUGCCCGGGAUGGCGGGAGCCAGACUGAGUUUCUGAGCCAAAGCAGACCUCUUGGUUUGCCAGCCCUGGCAGCCGCCCGCAAAGAGCAGGGCUGCUCCUUGGGUGGUAGAACCGUUCUCUUUAAGGAAA